AUGCCCACACCUACCCCCCGCCCCGUCGUCCUCAUCACAGGCUGCAGCUCCGGCAUAGGCGAAUCCCUCGCCCUCGCCUUCGCCGCGCGCAACUUCACUGUCGUCGCAACCGCGCGGCACACCUCCUCCCUCGCGCACCUCACCGAGCGCCACGACAACAUCAUCCCCCUACCCCUCGAGCUCGGCAACCUGGCCAGCCUGGACUCCUUCCGCGACGCCGUGCUCACGCGCACGGGCGGCCGGCUGGACGUGCUGGUCAAUAACGCGGGCACGCAUUACGCCGCGACGGCGCUGGAGCUCGACAUCGCGGAGGCGGAGAAGGUGUUUGCGGUGAUGAGGCUGUGUCAGCUGUUCCUGCCGUAUCUGUGCGAGGCGCCCCGCGGGCGGAUCGUGCAGAUUGGGAGCGUGACGAGGGAUGUGCCGGUGGCGUGGCAGUGUGUGUAUAAUGCGUCCAAGGCGGCGUUGAGCCAGUAUACGAAGACGUUGCGACUGGAGGUGCAGCCUUUCGGGGUGGAGGUCGUCGAGGUCGUCACCGGGUUCGUGCGCAGCAACCUCCUCCACCAUGGCCUCGACGCCCCGAAGGAUUCGCCGUAUCUCGCGAUCAAGAAGGACAUUGAGCGGAUCAAGUUCGAGGGGAACCAGAACGGCAUGCCUGCGCGGGCGUAUGCUGAGUCUGUUGUUAAGCAGCUGCUCCGGAAGCGGAAGCGGGAUGAGAUAUGGGAGGGGAAGCUGGCGUGGAUACUCAAUCUGAUUGUCAUCUUUUCACCUUUGUGGUUUUUGUAG